AUGGCCCUCUGCACGUCCGAUCCGGCGGCCGAGAAGGCCGAGCGGCGCUGCUGCCCGCUCACCCGCGUGCUCCUCAUGCUCUGCGUGGGCACCGUCUGCCUGUGCAUCGGCUUCAUGGAGGUGUACCGGCUGCAGCAGGGUGCGCAGAUGCAGCGCCAAAUCCUCGAGCUGCAGAGGCGGCUGGAGAAGCUGGAGAGCGCCGCGUCGGCCGACCCGCAGGUCGCCCGGUUGCGUCGCGCCGUCGUCGACGGGAAUUUGCGCACCAUCGACGGCGUCCCCAUCAUCCUGGGUCCUUACGGCGGACGGCGGCGGCCCCCCAGCGAGGGACUGAGGAUUUACGAGACGUUCUUGGCCGAGCGCAGGGCGCAGCCCACCGCGCCGAGCGUGAACUAUGAGACCGACGACCCGUCCAUCCAGCCCCACCACAGGAGCAGCGCCGUGCAUCGGCCGGCCAGCCGCUUCGGCCGCGUCAACACCAACGCCGUCAUCGCGGCCGAGGAGCGGCCGGCCCGUGGCUCGCCGCCGGCGUACGUGCCCCCUCCGGUCGGCGGCGGCGGCGGCGGCGGCGGCGGCUCGGGCCGCGGCGGGCGGCGCCAGCGCUGCUCCGCGGCCCACUUCGAGGGCCACAUCUCAGACGUCACACGCAAGUCGGCCUCCUACCGCGGCAACUACCGCCUGGUGAACAGCAACCCGGACUCGAUGUUCUCCCAGUGGCGGCCGGCCGCCUGGAUGAGGCAGAAGGCGUGCACCGACGAGUUUCAGCUGUACGGCGGCCAGGUCACCGUGCGCACGCCCGGCUUCUACUACCUGUAUGCCCAGAUUAACCACAUAGAAGAACACGACGUCAACGGGUUCGAGAUCCAAGUGAACGCACAGUCGCUGGUCAAGUGCAUCACCACGGAGGCCAGCAAAUUGCGGAACAAAACAAACACAUGCUUCACGGGUGCCGCCAUUUACCUAAACCAGGGGGACGCGGUCAGCGUCCGGGACCUGGACCCGCUGCGGCACGCCUUCCUGCUGCCAGACCGCAGCUUCUUCGGACUGUUGCGGAUCUCCGGUUGAGUCCGGCUCAGUUCCGGCUGAGGUCCGGCUUGGGGUCAGCUGAGGUCAGCUGAGGUCAGCUGAGGCCUAGCCGAGGUCCGUCAGUGACCCCGCCAGGAACGCGUUGGAGUGGUAGUCAUCGCAUAGUCGGCCACGGCCGGACACAGAGGAGACUACUUCGUGAGGGCGCCGCGCCCGGCGCGAGGUCAGAGGUGAGACGUUGGGCGAUACGGCGCGGUUCGAUGCGAGACACACCCCGAGUAGUCGCCAUAAGUGAUCGGACAGACGUCCAGCUACAAGGCUGAGCGGGCUACACCCACUCAAGCGUCACAGCUGCCUGAGUCAAGACACUCCGCGCCGACUUUUAGCCCAGCCAAAGCUCGCCAAUCUCCGCUGCGCGAAAUCGCGUCCGGCCAGCAUUUUUGGCCGGUCGUCGCCGAGCAUCAGUCCGGUGUGUCGUCAGGUCGGGCUGUCCGCCGGUCCACUUUUGGCCGGCAUCCGCCGCGCGGCGGUCCAGUGUGUCGUAAGGCCCGGCCAGCCGACGGCCGAGUCCUGUUCCGCCGGCGCCGCCGCUGAAUCUCGCCGCAGACGCUGACGCAUGGUAGCCCCGGGCGGUCUGAGUCACGCGCCGCCCGCGGCGGUCCCAAGUCACUACGGCGGAACAAGAGUCAGGGGUGCACAGCUGACUGGACAGGCGUUACUCAUGAGGGGGGCGCUAACCAGGGGAAUGUAAACCCAUCACUUCAUAGAUACCUGAGCAGUGAUUCGCUUAGCGUCAGGUCGUGUAACUUAUGCAUGCAGGGUGUUGUUCGCGGGGCUGCCGACGGCCGGUGCCGCCAGGCAUGUGUCAUUAUCAAUGUCUUAACGCUGUGUGCUUUUGUACGUACUGUGAAUACUGUGAUGUAGAAUAUACUCAUAAGACGUUAUGCCUA